UUCACUCUAUUUUCCCAUACCUUUUUAGAAUAUUAAUAUUCAAUAUAAAUUACCUAUUAUAGUUAUAUUAUAUGGUCGUGUAUUCGAACAGAUCCUGAUAUUCUGCUGAAUUUAACAAAAUUUAACCAUUUGAAUUAAAAUGCAGCCCCAAGAAAAUCAACCCAAAUAUGCAAAAUUAAAUAUAGGUGGUUCAUUAUUUUACACAACAAUUAGUACAUUAACCAAACACGAUACAAUGCUUAAAGCUAUGUUUAGUGGACGGAUGAAAGUACUUGCUGAUACUGAAGGUUGGGUCCUAAUUGAUCGUUGUGGAAAGCACUUUAAUUCUGUGUUGAACUUCUUGCGGGAUGAACAUGUAGCUCUUCCAGAUAAGACACAUGAAAUCGCUGAGUUAUUAGCUGAAGCCAAAUUCUAUUUAAUAUCACCGCUAGUGGAAUCUUGUCAACAGGCUUUACGGUCAAGACAAUGUAAAAUUGAACCUCAGUGUCGUAUACCUCUUACAUCUUCUAGUGCAGACUUAUGUCAGCUUAUUACAAUGAGUACAAAACCGACUGUUAAACUUCUUAUAAAUAGACACAACAAUAAGUAUUCAUAUACAAGUGCUUCUGAUGAUAAUUUACUAAAAAAUGUUGAACUAUUUGAUAAACUUUCACUGCGUUUUGGUUCAAGAUUUUUAUUUAUCAAAGAUGUUAGUGGUUCCAGUGAAAUAUGUUGUUGGAGUUAUUUUGGAUUGGCAACUAAAGUUGCUGAAGUUUGCUGUACAUCUAUUGUUUAUGCUACAGAUAAAAAACAUACAAAGGUUGAUUUCCCAGAAGCAAGAAUCUAUGAAGAAUGUCUUAAUUUAAUGCUUUAUGAGAAUCGCACUGAACCAGAUCAAGAACUUAUGCAAGCUACUUCUUGGCGUGGUGCUGUAUCGGGUAUGUCAUCAGCUUAUGGGAGUGAUGAUGAAGAAGAACGAACUCGUAUAGUGCUUAGAAAAAGAUUGGUUUAGUAUCCCAUAAAAAGCUUUUUGAAAAAAAGUAAUAAAUAACAAAUAGUGGUAAUUACUAAUUAAUAUACUUUGGUUAUAUUUUCUAUUACCCUUAAACCUUGCUUCUUUUGAAGCCAUAUAUUUUUAUUACAAUUGUAGAAGUUAGGUUCUACAGGACCUCUAGAUCAGACAAUUAUAUUUAUUCAAAUUAUUGAGAGAACAGACAUGAAAUUAAAAAUUUUAAUAAUUUAUUCUUGACAAAUAU